AAAUUAUUUAAGUGGAGAUCCGAACCAAAUUUAAUGUGUUGUGAUAAUAGUGGAAGUAAUAACAGUUGUUUAGAUACUAUUCAAAAUAAUAAUAAACAAAAAACAUUAUUUAAUAAUUUUCAAAAUAUUGUUUUACAGAAGUGUCAAAAUAAUAUUUUAAAUAAUAGUCCAAAGAAAAAUAUGCCAAAUAUGGAUACUGUGGAUAGUUCGAAUUGUUAUACAGAAGUGGACAUGAGUCGUUUUAAAACUAAUGAAAAUAUUGUUAAGACUGUUGAUAAAUUAACAUUAAAUGUUGAUAAUUUAAAAAUUGGUUCAUUACAAUUAACGCAAGAGAUACAACAAGCCAAAUAUGGUUUUCAGGAAGAAAAUGAUCGAGUAUCGAAAUUAAUAAAAGAUGCACAAAAACUAGUCGCUGAUUUAAAAGACUUAAAAUAUUUAGAUGAUCUGAUUUUAAUGUUGGAAGGACAAUUAGACCAUAUCCAAAUGAAACCAUGGCCUUUCAAAAGCAUGAAUCUCGAUAAUCGGGGAAAGAAUUUUAUCGUUUAA